ACAAUGGAGUCACCAUUUGAAAAUAUUUUUUAAGCAUAUCUUUAUACAAACUCCUUAGACUUUUAAUUAAAAGUUGAAUUUCUAUGUUCUGUAUGUGCCAUUAAGGAAAGAAAAUGAGGACAACACGUUUGAGAUGUACAGAAGAAAGAGCGCCUCCUACAGCCGCAGUAGCUAUACAACGAUCCCUCAAAAUGUAAGAAUGAAAACAACUUUUUUUUUCGUUUAAUUUUUGACUCAAAUUUCCACUCAUGCGUGUAUGACCGUAAAUAUGAAAAACUGCGUGUAAUUCAAUAUAUUGAUUAGUGCUUUUACGCAAAAUCAAAUCACCAUAUUUGUUUUGCUGUUUGUUUGUUUUGUCAUUACUGACUUCUGGCGAGAACAUCCAAAUCUGAAAAUCUGCACUAAUCCAUGCAAUAAUUCGCUAUGCGUAUGUACUGAUUACAUUUUAAGAACACUACAAAAAACUAUAGCUCCAAUGUUCCAUUUUUUAACAGUGGCACCAUGUGUCAUUACUUCUGCGCAAAUACAGUUUUCUCAACCACACAGGAACUACACUGCUGAUUGGAGAACAUCAGUUUCUUAGAACACAUUUGCGGCGUAAUAUCUCCGUUCCCAGAAAGUGCGCCACCAGCCCACAGCUGUUGGAUAAGGUGAUGCGCACUGAGAAGCUCUCCAAAAGGCUGCUGCCUCACUCCCAGAGCAUGACGAUGGGCAGAGUUUUCGAGUAACGCCAUGGAUUUCCACGUUGAGGCUCAUAUCAUGAAUGCUAUAAAUGUUCAGCAUACCUGGGAAGGGGGUUAAAUCCGCGUUUGCGUGGCUUCUUUUUUUCAUGGACUCGUUCUCAGCUGUAAAGGUUCGCAAAAUUGUUUGAAAUGUCCGACUUCCACAACCGAAGCCAAGUCAGCGCACGACGCAGUGACUACGUCUGGCAGUAUGAGUAUUACGACGACGAGGAGCCUCUCUCUUUUGAGGGACUUAAAGCGCACAGAUACUCCAUUGUCAUAGGUUUCUGGGUGGGACUGGCAGUUUUCGUCAUUUUCAUGUUCUUCGUUCUCACGCUGCUCACAAAGACUGGAGCACCACAUCAGGAAAACCCAGAGUUGGGGGAGAAACGGCACCAACCAGAAGGCUGUCUGGUAGACAUCAAUGGCCACCAGGACGAUAACGACAAAGCUUUCUCCCGCCCGCUGUUAGAAGGCUCCCGUUCGUACUUUAAUUUCUACAUCAGUGAGGAAGAUCAGGCCCAUGAGAAACAGAAACCGGGAGACAAAAGGAGUUCUGCAAAAGACAAAGCUGGAAGACUACAGCGCUCUGGUGAACUAGAUGAGAUGGACGAGGACAUUGAGGAAAGCGGGGGGCACCAACCUCUCAAUGAACUCAUUGAGAAAAGUAAGUCAGACAGAGAGUGUGCUUUCCUGUCUCACUUCAACAUCCCAAACUUUGUGAACUUGGAUCAUGGCUCCACACUGGGAGAGGAGGAUCUGCUAUAUGAGCCGUCCGUCAUCCUGGAGCGUCAGUCUCAAGCUCACAAUGGUCACUGUUACACCCACUAAUGUGGACCGCUACGGUGGUCUUGUAACUUAAAUUGGUUUACAUUCAGAAGCAUUUUAAGACUGGCAGAGGGAAAUAUAUGCACCUGCUACUCCUGUCUUUCUGUAAAGAGCUUUCAAAUUACUUUUUAGUGUUUUCUAAAAAAGAAAAAAAAAAGCCAAGAGGUUGGAAGGCAUAGCCUGCAAAAGCAAACUCAGAAUAACAAGAUGAGUUUCCCUCCAGAAGAAGAGAUUGCCUUGGAAAUGAUACCUGUUAUUUCAAGUACUGUGAGCCUGAAUUGGAUGCAGCUGGGCUGCAUCCAGACUCUGCACAGAAAAAGAGAAUAAUGAAAGACAAGUGGGGGUCACUGGGGAAGGAUGUGUUGGGGAAAUUAUUAUGCUAUUCUUGUUGUUUUUGUUGUACUGUAAGAUUGUGAACAAUGGGUCUGUCUCUGGAUGAGAGUCAGAGGCAAGCUGGUUGUUUAGGGAAAAAAAGCAACAUAAAUUCAGAGGACAUUGUUCUAAAGUCAAAUACUGUUAAAAAUGCUGAAAUGUACCAACUGUAUGCUUUGUAGCACUAAAUGAAAAUCACUGUUUUUUUGGUUGGAUAUACUGUAUGUAAAACUCACAUAUUAACAAGAAAUACUGAAUAGAGAUUAAAAACAGUUUUAAGCCUUCA